UACCUAACCUUAUCCCUUCUUUUCCCCCAAUCACUCUCUCAGGUGAAGGACAUUUCACUGGAGGCCACAGGAGCUUUGUGAAGCCAGCGACAGACAAUACAUGGAGAGAUGACCAACCAAUCACUGUUGAUGAGGGGAGUGGAACCUCAACCCAACACGUUAUCGUGAUAGAACCUGCAGAUGCCUGGUCUGAAAGAGAGGAGGAUCCACGGCACAGCAGACACAUCCAGACUGGAGUGGCUGGAGUGCCCCAUGAAGCCACUGAGGACCCCACCACCGUCCCAGCACCGCCCAGGCCCAGGACCCAACGCAGCAUCACGGAGAAGGAGGAGGGUCCAGAGGUGCUGCUGGUGAAGGAGGAGAGUCUGGGGAACCCUGAGGGGAACAUGGUCAUAGAGGACAACCAGACUACACCUCCUCCUGAACCCACAGAGGAACCAGCUGAGCAGCACAGGACCACACACAGUCUCACUGAGUCAGUAGACAUGGAGGAUGGGAAGCCUGAUCUGCUGCUGGUCAAAGAGGAGACAAUAGAAGAUGAACCAGAGAGCAUUGAUCUGCUGAGUGGAGUAAAGAUGGGGGAGCAAGGUGGUUGGCUGGAGGCUAACAGAGGAGACUGGGCGGACAUCUUGGAUUCCCAGGACGGUGCAGCCAAGGACCCAGGGGACAACAUCACUGAGCAGGCCAGGACUAGAGAUGACAUAGUGGAGUCUGCAGAUGCAGAGGCUGCAGGUCCUGGGGUCAAGCUGGAGAGGACUGGAGGAGAGGAGGACCAACGACACAGCAGAGACAUCCAGACUGGAGCUCCCCAUGUAGCCACAGAGGUCCCCUCCGCCCCAGCGCCGCCCAGUACCCGACGUAGCAUGACGGAGUUUAGUGGAACGCUGAAUGCAUUCCUCAUGUCAGAGACCAACACAGAGACUGUAAAACACAGGCUCUUACACCCAGGAUCUGACCACGGAUCAGACCCAGAGAGACUGGAGCGACUGGUCUGUCCUCCUGCUCCUGGCUCGGAAUACUUACCGGUAUUUCACCAGAGCCAGAGGAUGGUUCAUUCCUGUUGUGACACGUUAGACACUGGUGUUGAUGAUCUGCCUUGCUCUUACACACCAGAGAUGGACCCUGGCAACAUGCCCUUGGGUUUAGAGACACAGACUGAUCUGUCUAAAGGGGACUGGAACCGGUAUAGUAGUAGUGUAUACUCUGAAGGGUGCCUAGAUAAGAAAGGGGAGGUUAUAGUCGUAGAUGAAGUGACUGUGAAAAUGGAGGGCGAGGUUCCUCUGACACUGAAUGCAGACAAGACUCACUUAGGACUUGGACACUCACAAGGUAGAGAUGUCUUAGAUUACAGGGAAAGUUUAGAGACUAAUCCAAAUGUUGCGACCCACUCCCCUUUACACAUUCUCAGGGAUCGCGACACAGUGUCCACGUCGAUGGGGCCUUCCGAUUCACACGGCCGCAUCCUUUUCUAUCAAGUAUUGAACUCAAAGGACCAAAGGGCCCAGGCUCAGGAAGGGGGAGCAACAUCAGGCAAUAUUAAAGAGAAACGGUUCAUCUGCAUGUCCUGUAACAAAGGCUUCAGCUGCCUCCAGAACGUAAAGACUCACCAGAGGGUCCACACAGGGGUGAAACCCUUCAGCUGUACCCAGUGUCAGAUGCGCUUCUCCCACUCGUACAGCCUGAAGAGGCACCAGAGGGUCCACACAGGGGAGAACUCUACAGCUGCCAGUAGAGUGAGAAGCGGUUCCCCCACCAGAACCCGCUGAAGAUGCACCUGAAGGUCCACACGAGAGAAAGGUUGUUGGCCUGUACGCACUGUGGGAAGAGAUUCUCAGUGAAGAGCUACCUCAGGAUACACCAGCUUAAAAACCAUUCACUCUACAACAUAGAAAGUAACCAUUCCACAAGAUAGCUUCUGACGUUUAGAUCAAACCCUGCAUUAAAGUCAAAGAUUAAUUUUCAUUAUUGUUAUUAGAAAAGAUUCACAGAUGCAUUUGGAAUAACGAGAGUAACAUAUUUCAGUGUUGAAUAUUCCUGGGUAGAAUACUGCAUCCAGCCAGGUAUGAAGGUGUGUAUCUAUAUAUAAGCCUAAAUAUUCUGUUAUUUAGUGUGUGUAGGCUAUAUGAUGGUCACAAAUUCCUAUUUCAUUACUUCCAUUCAACUACACUUUUAAUGAGAAAACGAAGGCAGUUUAUCAAGUUCAUGCAGUUUUUGUUGAGACGUACAAUGCCGUCAGAAAGUGUUCUCACCCCUUCACUUUUUCCACAUUUGUUGUGUUAGACUGAAUUUAAAAUGGAUUAAAUUGAGAUUGUGUCACUGGCCGACACACAAUACUCCAUAAUGUCAAAGUGGAAUUAAGUUUAGACAUUUUUACAAAUGAAUUAAAAGUGAAAAGCUGAAAUAAGUAUUCAACCCCUUUCUUAUGGCAAGCCUAAAUACAUUCAGGAGUAAAACUUUGCUUAACAAGUCAUGUAAGUUGCAUGCUCACUCUGUGCGCAAUAAUAGUGUUUAACAUGGUUUUUGAAUGACUACCUCUUCUCUGUACCCAGUACAAUUAUCUGUAAGGUCGCUCAGUUGAGCAGUGAACUUCAAACACAGAUUCAACCACAAAAACCU